AUGGUGGAGGAGACUCACCAGGGAUGCUGUGAGGGUUGGGAGGGCCUAGCCUGCGAUCAGCCUAUCUGUACCUACACCUGUCAGCAUGGCGGUGUGUGCAGCGGCCCCGACACCUGCACCUGUCCACCUGGGUACUAUGGGCUCAAGUGCGAGUGGGGAGGUGACACCAGUGGCAUCGGUACAUGCUACACUGAUGUCUACUGCAGCUCUGCAGCGUUCUCAGGUUACUCCACAUCGUACGAGGUGUGCUGUACGCAGGCGGACGCCAUGUCGUGGGGAGACGACAGUCGCUGUUCGUUGUGUCCGCAGGCUAUCAGCAACAUUGAUGACAUCAACAAUGCCCUGUCCACGGGGUUUGCAGCUGCAGACAGCCACUCCGUACACAGCUACGCCACCUGCCUCACCUGGGGACGCUUCCACUUCCGCACCUUCGAUGGGCGCCACUUCAGCUUCACAGGUGAUUGUGCGUACAUGCUGGCGAUGGACGUUGACAACACGUUCUCCGUGACCGUACGCGACGUGGACUGUGACUCAGCAGCCAGCUGCCACAAGGUUCUAGAGAUGAAGCUGGGCUCCACGACAGUCCACGCGGCCGGACACAGCAUCGUGUUUAACGGAGAACAGAUCAACCUGGUCGAACCCUUCUCCAGAAACGGUGUGAGUUUGAAGGUCCUGGGAGACUAUGUGUUCCUGGAGGCCAGUCUCGGAGUCUGUGUGAAAUGGGACACAGACACAGCAGACACUGAGUGUGUACAUGACUGUUAUGAUGGUGUGAGUUUGAAGGUCCUGGGAGACUAUGUGUUCCUGGAGGCCAGUCUCGGAGUCCGUGUGAAAUGGGACACAGAGUCCACCGUGUACAUGACUGUCAUGGCAGAGUACCUGGGCAAGACCAGGGGUCUGUGUGGGGUCUAUAACUACAACCCUGAUGAUGACUUCAAAAUGAUCAACAAUGAAAUCGCAGUGUAUCCUGCCAUCUUUGGGAACAGCUGGAAGAUACCAGAGAUUGGAGAGCACUGCCCAGACAGCGCGGCCCUCCCCCACACAUGUGUUCAGCACAGUGACAGGGAACAGGCUGCCCAGCUGGCCUGUGGUAAACUCAUGCAGACACCCUUCGACAGCUGCAACGGUGUGUUGGACCCCCAGCAGUUUUAUGAGGACUGUAUGUACUCCUACUGUACGUGGGAGAACGAGGAUGACCGCGAGGUGGCGCUGUGCUCCGCCCUGACCACCUACUCACGCCAGUGUGCACAGCAAGGCAUUGUCUUCAACUGGAGAGGACCUGGACUAUGCGAAAAGGAAUGUCCCAAUGGAAAGGUUUACGUGGAAUGCGGCUCGCUAUGCCCUUCGACUUGUGCGACCCUGAACUUCCAACAGGAGCCGUACUGCUCUGGGGACUGCAUCCCGGGAUGUGAAUGUCCAACGGGGACGUACCUGGAUGAUGGGGAGUGUGUGCAGGCGGAGUCGUGCCCGUGCUACCAUCGCCGUACGCGCUACGAAUCUGGCGAAACAAUCAAGCAAAGAUGCAACACCUGUGUAUGUAACAUGGGCCUGUGGACCUGUACUGAGGACAGGUGUGCCUCCACCUGCCAUAUCCUGGGGGAUCCUCACUUCAUCACCUUCGACAAUAAGUACUUCACCUUCCAGGGCGUGUGUGAAUAUACGCUGGUCGAGGACUAUAUUGACAAUAAGCUGUCGAUCUCCGUGGAGACGGAGGUGUGCGGCAGUGGGGGCGCGGUCACCUGUGCCAAGUCCAUCACCAUCACCAUGUACCUGUCCACUGUCAAACUCAAGAGGAACCAGGAGGUCACGGUCAACGGCAUCGACACCACUCUACCAUACAGGAGUCAGGACCUGUACGUGAAGAGAGCCUCGUCCAUGUUCACCAUGGUGCAGGGGUUCGGUGUGACCAUCCUGUGGGACAAUGCCCUGCGUGCUUACAUCACUCUGGAUCCUGUCUACUCAAACAAGGUUCGUGGACUGUGUGGCACAUUUAACUGGAACCAAGAGGACGAGUAUUCCACAAGAGAAGGGGACGUUGAAACAUCCCUAACGGCAUUCGCCAACAAGUUCAAGAUGAAGUUUGAGUGUACGGAUGUGGACCAGUCGCAGGAGAACUUCAACCCCUGUGUGACCUACUCACAAAACUUCCUGUACGCCUCAGAAAAGUGCAGCUUCCUUAACAAUGAGAUCUUCAGUAGCUGUCACGCUGAGGUUAAUGUGGACAUUUACUAUAAGAUGUGUGAGUAUGACGUCUGUGGCUGUGAGGACCCCAACAAGUGCCUGUGUUCCGCCAUCGCUGCCUAUGCUGCUGAGUGUGCCAAGUCAUUUGGAACAGACCUGUUUAUCAACUGGAGAGAGCACGAAGACAUCUCCGACAUUUGUGCCCCGUCCUGUUCCGGAGGCCAGGUGUAUAGUGAGUGUAUGAGCCCCUGCGGCAGCACCUGUAGCGACUUGCGUUACGCUGAUGACUGCAACACCAUGGGCAUCGAGAUCCCCUGUAUCGCAGGCUGUAACUGCCCCACAGGUUUGGUGUUGGAUGAUGCGGGUACGUGUGUCCAGCCAGACAUGUGCAAGUGUAUGAAUGGCGACCUGUUCUACGAACCAGGGGCGACACUCAAACAGGGAUGCAACCACUGUGUUUGUGAGACAGCAGUGUGGAACUGCACGACGACAGACUGCGAGGAUCUGACCGUGUGUCCCGGCAACAUGGUGUACAAACAGUUUGUGUCUCAGUGUCCGCUGACGUGCGACAACCUGGACCAUCCUGUCAUCUGUCACGAGGUGCAGCAGUACCCUGGGUGUGCCUGUGAAACUGGCAUGGUGUUGGAGGGUGACCAGUGUGUCAGCCCAGAAAACUGCCCCUGCACACACGGAGGACAGAAGUAUCAGCGGGGAGAGGAGAUCAGACGUGACUGCAACACAUGCAUCUGUAAGGGGAAGCACUGGGACUGCACCCGUGAGAAGUGUGACGGAACCUGCCUGGCCUCGGGAGACCCUCAUUACAUCACCUUCGAUGGGAAGUUCUUCUCCUUCAUGGGCCAGUGUAACUACAUCCUCUCCAAGCACAACGACAACCUCUUCACUAUAACAUCGGAGAAUGUCGCUUGUGGCACCAGUGGAGUGACCUGCACCAAGUCCGUGACCAUUAACAUCGGUGGGAUCGUGAUCCACCUCCUGAGGGGGAAGGACGUGACCGUGAACGAUCAGCCCGUGGCGAUCCCCGCCAACUUCGAAGCGGAGGGAAUCGUGAUCCACCAGGCGGGCCUGUUCCUCAUCGUCAGCGCGCAGAUCGGCCUGCAGGUCAAGUGGGACGGAGCAACAAGAGUGUACAUUAGCCUGGACCCACAGCAUGAACAGAAUGUUGUUGGCCUGUGCGGAAACUUUGACGGUGACGUGGAGAAUGACUUCACCACACGGCAGGGCAACAUCGAAACACGCUCGGACCUGUUCGGCAACAGCUGGCGUAUCGACGAAUCCUGUGCCACGAUUGAUCAUGAUGAUAUCAUCCACCCUUGUCAGGCCAAUGAGAACAGAGAGACAUGGGCCAGGAAGCGGUGUGCUGUCAUCGCUGGGGACAUGUUCUCAGCCUGUCACAAUGUGGUGGCCUACGAGCAGUAUCUGGAGUGGUGCAUCUUUGAUGCCUGCGGAUGUGACUCAGGAGGGGACUGCGAGUGUUUGUGUACUGCCAUUGCUACAUACGCUGAAGCUUGCAACGAAGUCGGCAUCUACAUCCGCUGGAGGUCCCAGGAACUCUGUCCCAUGCAGUGUGAUAACGGGUACAUCUACGAGGCGUGUGGCGCGAUCUGCCAGGACGACUGUCAGAACAUCGGAGACGAGCCCGACUGGUACUGUGUGGAGGGGGAGUGCUCCGAGGGGUGCUUCUGUCCCGAGGGAUAUCUCGCAAAUGGCGAGUACUGUAUCGAGGCCUUGGAGUGCCCAUGUUACCUGAAUGGCGUACCUUACCCAGCAAACACCGUCAUUCAACACGAUUGUCUCAACUGCACUUGUAUUGAUGCACGGUUUGAAUGCUGGGGAGAGGCCUGCCCAGAGGUGACUUGUGCUGAGAACCAGUACCAGUGUGAGAACGGGCGCUGUAUUCCCGUUGGCUGGGUCUGUGACAACGAGAAUGACUGUGGAGAUGACAGUGAUGAGGUGGAUUGUGUGCGUACUUGCGGCCCGGAUGAUUACCAGUGCGACAGUGGACAGUGCAUUGCUAUAGAGUACCACUGUGACGGCAUCUUGGACUGUGGAGACUCUUCCGAUGAGAAGGACUGUGGCCCUCCUGUGUGUGAGGAUAAUGAGUUCACCUGUGCUGAUGGCCGCUGCAUCCCCAUCCAGUUCCUGUGUGACGGAGACUAUGACUGUGGGUUUGAUGACCACUCUGAUGAAACUGGAUGUGAGAACACGUGUGCCACACCGUACGAGUUCUACUGUCAGGAUGGGGAGUGCCUCCCGCUCACACACCGCUGUGAUGGACACGACGACUGUGGAGACAUGUCGGACGAAGUCGGCUGCAUUUGCCCACCUGGACAUUUCCAGUGUUUGAACAAUGAAUGCAUCAACGCCACACUGCUGUGUGACGGAACAGAGGACUGUACCCGUGGGGAGGAUGAAGUCAACUGUGCGACCACAACGGUACCGCCAACAACGGCCGUCACUACGACAGCAGCUCCAACAACAACGGCCCCACCAACGACAGCAACGACUGCACCAACAACAACGACAACUCCACUUCCCACCAAGCUCUGA